CCAAAACAAAAGGAAUAAAAGUUCAACUCCGUGGGGAGGUCUGUCUUUAUACCUCAGAAUUUCCUAGGACCGGUUCGGGCUGUCUGGGAUAAAUGAUCACUUCAACCAGGCGAGUGUCUCCUGACACAUCUGAAGUUAGAAUCGCCUUCAGCCUUGACCAAGACUCAGAGUUAAAAGAUGUGGAGGAGUCAACGCCGUCUUUCCCUGAUCUGGAACACAGACUGCAGCCGGUGUCUCCCUGCUCCUCUCUGAGAGAGUCAGUCCAGGUUCACAGGGACCACUGUAGGAUGGCCAUGGAGUUCCACCAGGUCAACCACCAGAUCUCGCUGCUCGAGGACCGCAAGCGUGAGCUGCUGGCAGAGCUGGCGGGGGACGAGUUUGUUGCCGUGGAAAUGGCCUGUCUGGAGGAUGAGUUCCGUGUCCUGUCGGAGGAGAACGCCACGCUGCUCAACGUCCACACUGAGCGAGCUCAGCAACUGGAGACGCUCAGCUCCACCAAUCGGAAUCGGACAAGCCGGGACAGCUCCUCCACGGGACCCCCUUGAACUCGACCCCGAGAGACGAUGACCUCGCUCGAGACCUUCAAACCGACGCUACGGCCCGUAUUCCAAAAGUGCUGAUCUAGGAUCAGUUCCCCUCUGUUCAUACAUUCAUAUUUAUUAAGAUCUAAAAAUGCCAAACUGAUCCUAAAUCAGCACUCUUGCUCUGAGCCUCAACUUGGAUAUGGGUCCCUGAAAACAUUUUCUACCGAUAGCUGUCAAAUCCUUGGUUCCUCUGUCCUUGUUUCCUUAUCUCCUUUUCUAAGAGCGUUUUGUUUCCUUAUCUCCUUUUCUAAGAGCAAAGGAGAAGAGGAUACCAGGUCCCUCGUUUGGGACCUUCUCUUCCAAUGCACUUUGACCUUCUCUUCCAAUGCACUUUGACCUUCUCUUCCAAUGCACUUUGAGAGGAACUUACGGACCAGGGUUUGGAGCCAAUUCUAUUUAAAUUCCAACGAUGGGUUUCUGAUUUCUAAACUUUAAAAAAAUAUAUUGUUAAUCAUCAGUUAUACUAGAAACACGAGGAGUGUCAUAGUCUGGUUUCUACACCAGAAGUUAAUGGGUGUCUGUAGGAGUAAUGUAUAAGGUUGGGGUCAAGAAAGGUUAAAUAGGAGCCAGGGGGCUUUAGGAGGUGCUGAGUAGAGGAGAGGCAAUUGCAUGAUUAUGGCGGAGAGCUGUGGAUUAGUAAGGAAUGUAGAGGUCAGGUCAGGUCACAUUAAGGGAGAAGGAACUGUGCGUUGCCCGCAUGACUUUACUUCCCGUCUAGAAUAAAGAUGUUUAGAGAGAAGCAGGAGACUUUGUCUUAUGCAGCUGCAUUGACCCAACGGGUGAAUAAACUUGGUUUAAGUUUGACUAAUCGUCUGUGAGUUUUACUAUCUAACUGGAGUCGAUUCAGGAAGUACAUCUCGAAUUCCUCUUCGUUGCGUUUCAAUGAGUGGAAUUUGGUUUUCUUUCUCAAUUGACCGGAACUCAAAUGGAAUUAACCCUGCUAAGGAAACAAGGACAGAGGAAGCAAGGACUGAGUAGUAGUAGUAGUAGCAGUAGUAGUAGUAGUAGCAGUAGUAGUAGUAGCAGUAGUAGUAGUAGUAGUAGCAGUAGUAGCAGUAGUAGUAGUAGUAGUAGUAGUAGUAGUAGCAGUAGCAGUAGUAGUAGCAGUAGUAGGAGCAGUAGUAGUAGGAGCAGUAGUAGUAGUAGUAGUAGUAGUAGUAGUAGUAGGCUCUGUGAGUCUCUGGGCUUGUGGAGACAUACAGGUGGUGUGAUGUGGUCCAAAAUGUUUUCAGGGGGGGCUUCCCCGCUCUCUCUCCCCCCCCCUUUCCUCUCCUCUCCCCUCCAUGGAUCUAAAGGAUCCCCUCAGUUCCCCAGGUUCAUACUAUACCACCCAGGAUCAACUCUGAGUUGAUGAUUCUGGAUGAGGUAGAAAUGCAAGACACUGUAAGACAUAUGGAUGUUGUGGAGAGAACUCAAUAGAUAUUCUGUAGUGAAAUAAUGGUAACGUUGACAAAAUAAAUCAAUUGUAUUUGUUAAUAAAAGAAGGAGUGGGUUUGUGAGAAUGACAAUGUUUUU